AGUUGAGUCUCGACUGUGCUCUCGAAAGGAUGCCCCACGUUCGUCGAGUAAAUCCGGCCGCGCAACGUGCUUGAACUUCCUGGCAGCUUUCGCAAGCGUCGUGUUUCGCUGAGGGCUACAGAAGGGUACCUCACUCCGGAGUAAGAUCGGAGCUAGGUCUCCAGGCUUCAUCGGGGUGGAAUAUGCUUUGGAAUCGACCACAGUUCUCCGUCAUAUUGACAACGAUAUUCUGUCUUAUGCUGCUGAGCCAUCUCCCGGCAUCUUCUGAGGGAAAGCGGAGCCGAGCCCACGCCAAAAAAAACUCUGGAAAUUCUCGUUACGCUCUCUUCAACCAGAACAAGCACAAGGAUCACUAUGACAACCCGAAUGGCGCAGUGAUAGAAAAAGCCUCGCACUUCGAUUAUGAGUUUUAUCUCGGACAUAAAAUCGUCUUCGUUUGCGUUGCUCGAGGCUUCCCGAGACCAAAGAUCACGUGGUUCAAAGACGGUAUCGAGAUUUUUGGCCACCCCUAUGUCCAGAUCUCAGAGUGGCUCCGGGAUGAGAGACGGAUCAAAUCCAAACUUGAGAUAGAUCCUGCCCGCCAAAUGGACUCGGGGAAUUACGAGUGUCAGGCAGACAACAAGUAUGCCAUCGACCAAAGAACAUUCCGAGCUGACUUCUCUUCCCUGACGAGUUAAAUUAGCGUGUCGCGCCGCCGACGAGAAGCGCGACAUGUUCACGGAAGAACAGACUUAAUGGCUCCCACUCCGUACCCCGACCUCACGGAGAAACUUCCUGGAUCGUUCCCCUGCACUGUCGAGCUCUAAUUCAACUUCUCGAACGUCGAGCGACUCGACUUCAUCACAAUGUGAAGGGGAUUCCUCGAUUGGAGCCG